CGGCGGCCACACCCCAACGCCGAGCGUCUCCAUUUUGGCGGCGCAGGUGGAGACUCGACGAAAACCCGCGGAGUAGCGGAGCGGAGUCAGCAGAACUGUGAGGGCCGAAUCGGCUCACCGCACUUUCUCCCUUCCUUCCUCCGCCCGCAGAAGCCGGGGGCUCUCAUGGCGGGCUUGGAGGUACUGUUCGCGUCGGCGGCGCCGGCCAUCACCUGCGCGCAGGACGCGCUCGUCUGCUUCCUGCACUGGGAGGUGGUCACGCAUGGCUACUACGGCUUGGGUGCCGGCGACCAGCCGGGUCCCAAUGAUAAGAAAUCAGAACUGCUGCCGGCGGAAUGGAACAACAAUAAAGACCUGUAUGUCCUCCGGUAUGAGUCAAAGGAUGGGUCCAGAAAGCUCCUUGUGAAGGCUGUCACUGUGGAGAACAGCAUGAUCAUCAAUGUGCUGGAACAUGGCUCACAGCAAGUGUCAGACUUGACCCUGAACUUGAAUGAUUAUAUCGAUUCAGAACACCUGGUUGACUUCCACAGGGUCUACAAGAAGAGUGAGGAACUUCGGUCUCGUCUUGUGUCUGGGAUCAUCACACCUAUCCAUGAGCAUUGCGUCAAGGCUAGUGUGAGUCCCCACCAGGAGUUUCCCCCUGCCACUGCCAGAGAGGUGGACCCACUCCGGAUUCACCCACACCACCCACAUACCAGCCGGCAGCCUCCCUGGUGUGAUCCUCUGGGCCCGUUUGCUGUUGGGGGAGAGGACCUAGACCCCUUUGGGUGUCGGAGAGGUGGCAUGAUCGUGGAUCCCCUGAGAUCCGGCUUCCCAAGAGCACUUAUUGACCCAUCAUCGGGCCUCCCAAACCGGCUUCCUCCAGGCGCUGUGCCCCCGGGAGCACGCUUUGACCCCUUUGGACCCAUUGGGACCAGCCCAUCUGGACCUGACCCAGACCAUCUCCCCCCGCCGGGCUACGAUGACAUGUACCUGUGAAGGCCUCAAGAAUGUAACAUCCCAGCCUUCCCUCUACUCUCCUGGAGCUGCCACUGCUGGCCCCAUCAGCAACCGUUUUCUUGUGGGUUGGGGGCAAGGGACUCUGCCCAUGGGUUUGCAGGCCAGCUGGGAUUGCCUCCCCACCCCCUACCAGGGCCAAGGUACCUGCCGCAGCUGUCCACCUGGCUGCAUAUAGGUCCCAAAGAGAAAUCAGUGUCUCUCAGCACCAGCUCCUCCCCACUUCCCAGGGGAGACUCCGGCAACAUAUACCCUCGACCCGAUGCAGUCCCAGUUGCAGCACUGUAAGAACAGAACACAUUUUGGAUGUUAUUAUUAAGAACCAAAUGUCAAUACAAAAAUCAUGUUGCCAGUCUCCCACUCUUCUUUGCUGCUCAGUUCCUUCUAUUUAUGUGACUUGAGAGUUUGAAUCUGAGGGGCUAAAUGACUCUUUUUUCCUACCCAGGGCCUGUUCUUGCUUCUCAGGCACCUUCCUUUCAUAAAUUGCUCUUGCUCCUGACCCCAAUAAGAUGGGUCCCAGUCUGGCUUCAUGGAUGAAAAUGAGUGACUGGAAACCCCAUAGGCCACAAGGAUGACUUUCACAGGGACGGGCACAUUGUGGAAAGACUGCAUCAUUCUGAAAAGGGCAAAAUCUUCCAGUUCUGCUUGUCUGAGCCAGUCCUCUGGGUCCCUCUGUGCCUGGGCAGUGGCAGCCUACGAACAGAGGAAUAAACAGAACAGACAUGAA